GUACUUUUCUUUCACAGCCCGGUUUCAAGCAGGUUUCAAGCCGGAAGUAUUUUGAAUCCGCAACAAAUAUGGCGACCUCCACCAGUCAAUCACGCCUCAAGUAUCUGUUACAUCUUGCCCAAGAUAAUCUGGACUUCAGGUUGCCGGAGAUUAAAGCCUUGUUGGCUCUCAGAGGAAAACCCUUCCAUUCUAGUGGAGACUUCAAAGAGAAGUCCCCUUUCUGGUGUCUGGAUGGGUUGUCUGAGGAGGAUGUCCGUGGCGUCAUGGCCAGAUCUGUUUGUGCAAAGUCUGCUUUUGAACUUUGGGGCCACGGACAAACACACAGUGAACUGAAAACAUCCCUCUUGAACUACCCAUCAGAGAACAUGUCACCAUUCAUGCAAAAAGACUCAACUUACAGAAUCAAUGUCUACACUUUCAACAAGACUCUGGAGUUUGUAGACAGAAUCAAAAGGAUUGAUGCUUUGGAGUAUCUUCCGUUUGAAGGAACAGUGAGCCUGAAGAGCUCUCAGCACAUCUUCUGUUUGCUGGAAGAUUAUGGCACAGACCCCAACGACAUCCCUGACCAACCAAACUACAUCUAUUUCGGCCGAUGGAUAGCGGAUGGACAGCGUGAACUGAUUCGCUCCCACAGCGUGAAGAACAGACACUUCAUAGGGAACACCAGUAUGGAUGCUGGGCUCUCAUUCAUCAUGGCCAACCACGCUAAGGUCAAUGUGAAUGACCUCGUCUUUGACCCGUUUGUUGGCACAGGGAGCCUGUUGGUAGCGUGUUCUCAUUUUAGAGCCUACGUCUGUGGAACAGAUAUUGAUUACAACACUAUUCAUGGCAGAGGUCGGUCAAGCCGUAAAAACAAUACGUGGCGAGGACCUGAUGAGAACAUCAGAGCCAACCUGCGGCAGUAUGGAACAGAGGAGAUGUAUUUAGAUGUAAUGGUGUCUGAUGCGUCCAAGCACGUGUGGAGGGAGGCUGCUCUGUUUGAUGCCAUCAUCACUGAUCCUCCGUACGGUAUCCGUGAGUCCACAAGGAGAACUGGCUCUCACAAAGACGUUUCUAGACCCCCCGAUGGCAUCUAUGUAGAGUCUCACGUCCCUGUCACACAGGCGUACCACCUGAGUGACAUCUUCACAGAUCUGUUAAACUUCUCUGCCCACCACCUUGUCUUGGGCGGGAGGCUUGUCUAUUGGCUGCCUGUCUACCGACCAGAGUACUGUGAGGAGAUGGUGCCUCCUCACCCAUGUCUCCGGAUCAUCAGUAACUGUGAGCAGACACUCUCCAGCCACACCUCACGACGUCUGAUCACCAUGGAGAAGUUCAAGAAGCCUGAGUUUUGUUACCCCAGGUUUUCCGGCAGAGUGGUCAUGGAAAUUGUUUCCAGGUUGCUUGGCAGCAUCAGCAAGCAAAAGAGAGGUGUUGCUGACAAAUUACAGGCCCAGCGUUGGAGUCAUCGCGUCCAACUCAACUCACCUCAUUAUUCCUCUUCCCAGCAUCUCUCUUCCUCCCUUCAUCCCUCCGUUGACCAACAGCUACCUUACAGCCAAGACAAACUGUCUAACUGAAGGGAUUAUUAACAGUUCAUGUGCAGUACAUUGUUCAUGUACACGAGCACAGUCCUGUUACUACAUGCAAGCAUGGAAAACAUAUGCUAACCUUGUGACGCCAAUAUGAUAGUGGCUUCAUUGACUGGAAAAAGGAAGAGCUGUUUCAACUUUUACACCAAAAUUACCUUUGUAUUAGUAUAGUGUUAUCAGUUU